AGCCAAAAGCUGUUCUGAUCACCCAGGUUUCCCUCCCAACCCAGAGCCUCCAACUAACCCGGCCUCCCGGCCUCCAGCCCCACCUGGCCUGCUCCGCUCUUACGGGGCUCGGAAGCCUCCAGUCACUGCACUGCUACAGUUGUAGAUGUAGAUGCUGGCCCACCCUUGGCCACAGAGGCCUUGCGGGGCUCAUUUCUGAGCCCCUCCUGGCCCACCAUGGCUUGGCGGCUGCAGGACGAGCUGUCAGCCUUCUUCUUUGAAUAUGAUACUCCCCGGAUGGUGCUGGUGCGGAACAAGAAGGUGGGAGUCAUUUUCCGUCUGAUCCAGUUGGUGGUUCUGGUCUACGUCAUUGGGUGGGUGUUUGUCUAUGAGAAGGGAUACCAGACCUCAAGCGGCCUCAUCAGCAGCGUGUCAGUGAAGCUCAAGGGCCUGGCUGUGACCCAGCUUCAGGGCAUGGGCCCCCAGGUCUGGGACGUGGCUGACUAUGUCUUCCCAGCCCAGGGGGACAGUUCCUUUGUAGUUAUGACCAACUUCAUCAUGACCCCUCAGCAGGCUCAAGGCCAUUGUGCAGAGAACCCAGAAGGUGGCAUAUGCCAGGAUGACAAUGGCUGCACUCCAGGAAAAGCAGAAAGGAAAGCCCAAGGUAUCCGAACGGGCAACUGUGUGCCCUUCAAUGGUACUGUGAAGACGUGUGAGAUCUUUGGCUGGUGCCCCGUGGAGGUGGAUGACAAGAUCCCAAGCCCUGCUCUGCUCCAAGAGGCUGAGAACUUCACCCUCUUCAUCAAAAACAGCAUCAGCUUUCCACGCUUCAAGGUCAACAGGCGCAACCUGGUGGAGGAGGUGAAUGGCACCUAUAUGAAGAAGUGCCUCUAUGACAAGACUCUACAUCCACUAUGCCCAGUCUUCAGCCUUGGCUAUGUGGUGCGAGAGUCAGGCCAGGACUUCCGCAGCCUGGCUGAGAAGGGCGGGGUGGUUGGUAUCACCAUCGACUGGGAGUGUGACCUGGAUUGGCACGUGCGGCACUGCAAACCCAUCUACCAGUUCCAUGGACUGUAUGGGGAGAAAAAUCUGUCUCCAGGCUUCAACUUCAGGUUUGCCAGGCACUUUGUGCAGAAUGGAACCAACCGCCGGCACCUCUUCAAGGUGUUUGGGAUUCGCUUUGACAUCCUUGUGGACGGCAAGGCCAGGAAGUUUGACAUCAUCCCUACUAUGACUACCAUUGGCUCUGGGAUUGGCAUCUUCGGAGUGGCCACGGUUCUCUGUGACCUCUUAUUGCUCCACAUACUGCCUAAGAGGCACUACUACAAACAGAAGAAGUUCAAAUAUGCAGAGGACAUGGGGCCUGGGGAGGGAGAACAUGACCCAGCAGCCACCAGCUCUACUCUGGUCCUGCAGGAGAACAUGAGGACCUCCUGACCUCAAGCUCUGGACUUGACUCAGUGUGUGGCUUCUGGCGAGGGCUGGUGGCUUUGAGCCAGGGCCCAGGCCGCUCCCAGGGCUCCCCUGCCAGGCAGACAUCAAGAUGCCCCUCAUUCAGAGUGGAGACAGGCAAGGCAUUGCAGUUCAGAGGUCGGGGUCCAGCUCCACACCCCCCUCCCGAGGGACGGCCCCUCCAGUUUCAACCACUCUGAGUCCACGUGGCCACGCUCCUUGCACACCUAUGCCCUAGCUUUGUGCUUAUGGCUCAGGCUCUCACUGUCCACCCCACAGCCUCACUUGCCAGAUGUGUGCUCUUCCACACGGUAGCCACUAGCCAGAUGUGACAAUUUGAACUUCAACUAAUUAAAAUAUAAUGAAAAGAGGGCUUGGUUGAGCUGGUUAAGGGGGCACUUUGGGCCUGAAGCUGCCGUCCUGGACAGCACAGGGUGCUUUCCCUGUAGAAAGUUCUGAAGGAGUUCCCUGGGGAGCUCAGCAACAGUGUGGGUGCCUGGCACACACCCACCUCCUAAACCAGAAAUACAGGCCACCUUGUGCCUGAGGCUUAAGAAUUGCUAUCCUAGAGUGCCCUGACUCUUAAGCUUCAGAUCAGCCUUGGGCCAGCACCAACUGGCAGGUGUAGGUACUGAACCGGGUCUCCAAACACCCACAGCAAGUGUGUAGUGUGCUCAUGGGCCACACAGGGAUCCAUGAGCCCCCAUGUGCACAGCCCGUACACAGGCAGCCUUCCACCCCCACUGUGGGUUGGAACAGCUUGGGUACUGCCAGCUCAGCCAUCAUACCUACGCCCCCAGACAGGGACAUGGUCUCCACAGCGUCACCCCACGGGGCGAUGCUCCUUCCUGAGGGAGUCAGGCCAGACCAGCCCUUCUAGCCAUGGAACCUUAUUCAGCUACCUCAGGUGGGGGUAACCUGUGAAUCCUGGCGCUUUGCCUGUGGCCAGUCCCAGCUUCCACAGCCGCCCAGCUUGGCUGGAACACAGGGCUGAGAAGGCAAGGGAUGGGAUACAAUAAAAGAAAUGAGGCCAAAUGUC